CAAUAUUAUAAGAUAUAGUUUUGAUACGAUCGAGUAGCUGCAGAGAAUCGUUCUUUUCUUCACCUCACAACCUUCUAAUUUCGUUCAGUUCAAGCCAAUGUUUCAUCAACAUCUUGAUUCAAGCAUUCUAUAAAAUGACAUACAUCUACUAGCUACAUCUCCCACAACUAACUCGUAGUUUCACACACGUAACAACUUGGUUGUUUUUAGACAUCGAGACGAUGGGGUUGAAUUGGGGACCAGUGUUAAUGUCGGUAAUCUUUUUCAUCGUAUUGACUCCAGGAGUUUUGUUUCAGCUUCCGGGGAAGACCAGAGUGGUUGAGUUUGGCGGUUUCCAGACAAGCGGCGCAGCCAUUGUCAUACACACCCUUAUCUUCUUUGCAUGUAUCACUGUCUCCCUUAUCGCUCUUCAUAUCCACAUAUACGCUGCCUAGCUAAUUAAUUUAACACUGUACCGACCGACCCUCAUCGAUCGCUAUUUGCAUCCUUAAUGAUACUUUAAGUAAUUUCGUUAUUGUUUUUGAUCAGCUCUGAAACCUGAUUUUUAUUUAGUUACUUGUACUGGAAUUAUAAUUUAAUUAUAUGAUUUUCAUUUCCUUAUGUUUUGUUAGUACCUCUAUAAUUUAUAGCACUUCAUUUAUUACAUAUAUGAGCCAU